GCAGUUGGGUGGGCGGUGGGUCUAUUCUAUUCUUCUCAAAUUCCACACCCCUCCACUCCUACUUCAUCUUCUUCUUCAAUUCUUCUCUUCUACCAUCUCAGAUUCCACCGUAUUACAAGUUCGCCGUCGCUGAUUAAAGAGCCCAUUUUUCCUGUUUAUAUAUACGGAUAGUAAUACUUCAUUAGUACUUCCGGGAGCCAUUUGCAGAGCUCCUGAAUGCUCGGCUAAACAGUUCCGUUUCGUCCGUCUCUGUUCUGAUCUCUCCCAUUGUUCUUUCUUGUGAGAAUAAGACAGUGAUAUUGCGCUGUGUGUGUAGUGGAUGUAAUUGCUGCGAUAUUCAGUGUUUUGUUGUGAUCUUUGUGUUCCUGAUUUGGGUUAUCAGCACUUUUCAGAUUUGUGGUUGUGUCAAGUGAAAAUUUUGAGCUUCUGGAUCCGUUUCUGAGUUGAUUUGCUCAGCUUCCUUGAAAUUUGAGAUGGGUUUUGCUUAAGUUGAGCAGUUGAGGGAAUUAACUCGAAAAGGGCAAGAUGUCUUGGAAGAGCAGAGGAUUGGAGUCAACUUCGAAGAAUGUUGUUUCGAGAAAACUCACUUUUCUUCUUUGUAUUGGUUGCUUCUGCGCUGGGAUGCUCUUCACCGACAGGAUGUGGGCAGUGCCAGAAGCUAAAGAUAUAUCACGGUCCACAGGAAUUGAAGAUGAAAAACUUCAGUUAGUUUCAGAUGGUUGUGGUCCAAAACUUAAAGGUGUAAAAGGUGAAGCCAAGGAGAUAUUAGGUGAAGUGUCAAAGACACCUGAUGCUAUACAGACUCUGGAUAAAACAAUUUCAAAUUUGGAAAUGGAGCUAGCUGCAGCAAGGGCUGUACAGGAUUCCUUACUUAGCGGUUCCCCAAUAUCUGAAGACCUGAAGUUACCUGAAUUGACCAAAAAAAGAAAAUACUUGAUGGUAGUGGGGAUAAACACUGCUUUUAGCAGUCGAAAGAGAAGAGACUCUGUACGUGCUACUUGGAUGCCACAAGGUGAUAAACGCAAAAAGCUCGAGGAAGAAAAGGGCAUUAUAAUUCGAUUUGUAAUUGGUCAUAGUGCAACAUCAGGUGGCAUUCUUGAUAGAGCUAUUGAAGCAGAAGAUAGGAAACACGGAGAUUUUUUGAGACUGGAACAUGUUGAAGGAUACCUUGAGCUAUCAGCAAAGACAAAGACGUAUUUUACCACUGCUGUUCAACUUUGGGAUGCGGAUUUCUAUGUCAAAGUUGAUGAUGAUGUGCAUGUAAACAUAGCAACAUUGGGAGCAACUCUGGCUAGGCAUCGUUCAAAACCAAGGGUGUAUAUAGGAUGCAUGAAAUCUGGUCCAGUCCUGGCUCAAAAGGGAGUAAGAUAUCAUGAACCUGAGUACUGGAAAUUUGGCGAGCAUGGAAACAAGUAUUUUCGUCAUGCUACCGGGCAAUUAUAUGCUAUUUCGAAAGACUUGGCUACAUAUAUAUCAAUUAACCAGCACGUUCUUCACAAAUAUGCUAACGAGGAUGUCUCACUUGGAUCUUGGUUCAUUGGAUUGGAUGUGGAGCAUAUAGACGACCGCAGACUAUGUUGUGGAACACCUCCUGAUUGUGAGUGGAAGGCCCAGGCUGGCAACAUCUGUGUUGCUUCAUUCGACUGGAGCUGCAGUGGAAUUUGCAAUUCUGCUGAUAGGAUUAAAGAGGUGCACCGCAGAUGUGGAGAAGGAGAAACUGUUCUAUGGAAUUCUGCUUUCUGAUUAAACUAACAUUUCUUGUAAUCACUGGCGCUAUGGCUGACAAAGUUGAGAAUUCUCCAACCGUGCAGCUUUCCUAUACUGCUACGAUCUUGUCCUACCUCAGGACAAUGCUACGAGGGCUGCUAGGACUUUGCUUGUUUUACAUCAUUUGCUGGUGUAAAUAUACCUGUAAUAUAUGGACGAGGAAGGUGGGAGAAAAGUGGCAGUAAAAAUCUGCUCCGUUUUAGCUGAGGAGAUAGAUGAUUGUAGCAACUAUACAUAGAAAAUUAGGAAUACCAUCAUGUGCUGCUGUGAAACUCAAUAAGUUUGGAAUUUUUGUGGGAAGUUUAUGACACGGUUUCAUAUCCAAUAUAUUAAGGAUGAGGAUACCACGUUGUAUAAGGAGGUACAAAAAUCCUUGCAGUCCUUAUGGAAUGGACAUCUUUUAGCUUCUGCCUUUUACUUUGAAGUCACAGUAAUUUUGAGUUGUUUC